AUGGCCCGGCAUGCACAUCGGGCCCUAUCGCGGUUCGCGCCUCGUGCACUCUCUAUACCAGCAGAUGAACCCGUUGCCCUAACACACCUGGAUACGCCCUCUCUUGUAAAGAGAAGUCCUGCUGAUACCACCUCGAGCGCCCCGGCAGGAACUAAGUCUUGUGGGCCAAAUGACACAACUGGAAUCUGUACGCGGCCUGUCAGUAGCACCACUACUAUGACUCUGCCCAUUGUUUUGGGUGCAGUGAUUCCUAUAACCUGUGCUUUUCUUGCUUUUUUCUUUUUGCAUCGCAGGCAUGUCAAAAAGUUACGACAGGAAGACGCGAAUGAUAAACACAAAUCCCUUGAUUUUGGCCUCGAUUAUCCCUCUUCCGGCAACAAGAACAAAAAAUCUGGAAACAGCGAUGGUGGGAUUUCAAUGGCCGAAAAGCCAAAUCACCAGCGUGGGCAUGGUAUCUCGAUAGAUUUGACAAUGAAUAGUCCGUAUCUACUACCGCCAGGUUUGCAUGGGUCUCGUGAAUCGAUCCAUUCGCUGUCGAGGUCAUUCCAGGGAGAGGGCGACAAGUAUCGCCCUGCAACAUCCUUCACUCCUGGCGAUGGUGGUUCUGUACGGUCUUACUCACCAACCUACGGCCGUAGGGCGGAUGACGCGUCGAGCUACACUUCUCCCAGUUCCAAAUACCCUUAUAAUGACGAUAUGAACCAAAAUUUGUUGAAGAACGCCCAGCGAAUGUCCAGAUCCCCUCCUAUCAUACAGACAGAUCCCGUUGAGGCCGACAUCGGCGCUUCCAGUCACUCGACUAAAGAAGGCACCCCGGUAUCAUCACCUUUGACCUCGCCCCGUGCUCAGGGAGAGCUCACCGUCCCUACCGCCAACACAGCAGGAAACGAUUUUGAAAAAGAGGAAUCGGCCCUCCGAAAGAGCAAUAACUACCUAGGCGCCCUCAUCCAGCGGGGUGAUGCCAAAUCGCCUGAGAACCACCUUGAUAACGUACCUUUGGCUCCCAGGAGCAGCUCUCUCCAAAAGGAGGAGAAGCCACAGGGGCUCAGCAACGCUGACCAAUCCAAGUCUAUUCCUAUUCCUGAGUCUGCUCUAAGCACAUUGCAUGUAAAAUCUCAAGCGCCGCGCAUCUCUCUUCCUCUCGACGAUGACAAAAGUGACUAUGGGGAUGAUUCAGCAUCAUUAAAGCGAACCGUACCACAAGUCACAGUGCACGAUAUCGCAAACUCUCCACAAAAUGACAAGAAAGAGACGGAUACCACGUAUGAUAUUUACGAUGACUAUUACGAUGAGGGAUAUCAAGUCGACACCCGCAGACUUACCGUAGGUAUCCGCCCGUUGCCACCUGAAGACCCAUCAGACAACGCAGAACAGAGGGCCAAUCGCAUUCGAUCAUUCUACAAAGAGUAUUUCGAUGACAGCAAACCACAAGAGGACUAUUAUGAAGAUUACGGGCCCGAAGCUACCGGGUAUGGAGCGUAUGGGGAACGAGCGGACUACGGACAUGCACGUCCGUUUGCGCAACCAGAGGGAAGACGAGCUAUGACACCCCCUCCUAGAAUGCCACCCAUCCCGUCUGAAUAUCGACGUCGCCCGGCGUUCGGUCCUCUGAGUGAUGGGAGCCGUUCAGUGGCGCCUUCAGUUUCCAGCGGACCCCGUGCUGGCUCCUCAGCGUCAAAUCAAUUGCCAGGAGGGCGUCGUAAAAAGCCGUUGGCGCCUCCAGCUCCACUACAGCUUCUUCCGACCCCCCACAAACUUCAAGACGAAUCAAUUAUGCCAAUUGAUUUCGCGCCGGGCGCUAGGUCUCGUGAACGUCGGGAUGGACGUUGCGACACCCCCACAGGCGGGUUGCAGCCAUACAUGCUGACGGUUCCUGCGCAUGUGCCCCUUGCAUCUUCAUAUGACGAUCUGGCUCUUCUCCCAAGCCCGCACGCGUUGCGAAAAUCCGGCACUUUUACAGCGUUGGAUUUCGUUCCUCCGUCGCGAUUCAAAAAUUCCGAUGCCAGUGAUACUGGCAGUAUCCGCAGCAAUCGAACUGGCAUCUCGGCUGCUCAGGCGUACAGUAUCCGCACUGGCGCCUACCGUAUCAGCCGUCUCCCGCCCCAGACAGUUGGCACCAAGGAAGAUAUCAUGUCGAAUCUUCACCCAACCUGGGACAUGAAGACCUAG